AUGGCCGAGGGCGGCGGCCUGCGCCGCGGCAAGUGGACGGUCGAGGAGGAGCGCUACGUCGAGCGCGUCAUCCGCGAUUUCAACAAUGGCCUGCUCCACGCGGCGCCCGGGACGACGCUGCGCAACUACCUCAGCGAGAAGCUCAACUGCGACCCCAUGCGCAUCACGAAGAAGUUUACCGGCGACGCGUCCAUCGGCAAGCGCGUCUACCACCCGCGCGAGAACGCGCCCGAGCCCGCGGUCGAGCGCGCGCGCCGCGAGGUGGCGGAGCUCGAGGCCGCGUGGCGGUCCAAGCUGCAGUCGCAGGCGCGCGAGUCCGCCGCGUCGGAGCGGCGCCGCGGCCGCCACGACGACUCCGACAGCGACUCGACGCGCGAUGUCGGCGAGGCGGCGACGCGCCGCAUCCACGCCUGGCUCCGCCGCGCGCGCCGCGCGCUCAAGGACGCGGCGUCGCUCGGCGACGUCGACGACAUCGUCCGCGAGGGCGAGGCGCUGCGCACGUCCGUGUCCGACGCGGCGUCGGCCGCGGCCGCGAGCCGCCGCGCGCGCCGCGCGCGGUCCACCUGCACGUCCUCCGACGAGGAGGCGACGUCGCUCCUCGUCGACUUCCUCCGCUCGGCGCAGCGCCAGCGCACCGUGUCCUUCGCGGACGAAUCCGCGCCGCGCGAGCCCGCGCGCGCGUCGAAGCGCCGGAGGCGCGACGGCGACAGCGACGACGACAGCGACGACCCCAUGAACCGGCCAGCGCAAAAGCCGCGCGGCGUCAAAUGCGCGUGGAUCCUCUGGACGGCCUGCAGCAUGGGCAUCGGCGCGCUCAUCAACAACUCGUUGAAUUUGUUCCAAUCGACGGCGCUCCAGCCGACGCCGGACGCACCGGCCGGCGCGCCGCCGGUCGCGCCGUGCCGGAAGGACGGCUACGGGACGUGCGUCGACGCGGGCUGCGACCGCUGGUACGACGGCUGUAACCACUGCCGCGUCGGCGCCGACGGCGCGCUCGCGUGCACGCGAAAGGGCUGCCCUUUGUGGCAGUUCAACGCGCUCAAGGAGAUCCUCAAAGCCGCGACGUCGCUGGACGUGAAGACGGCGCACAGCGACGGCGACAGCGCCGACUUCGACGCCUGCCUCGCGGCGCCGCCGUGCCUGCUGAAGACGCACGCGUUCGUCUUCACGAGCCACCGGGACCUGCGGGACGUGCUGCUGAGCAGCAUGCAGAUGUUCGGGAGCUGCCUCGGCUUCGGCCCCGAGGGCCUCCACAGCCGCGACGCGGCCGGCUCCGCCGCGGCGCACGACGUCGCGCCGCGGUUCCAGCAGUACGCCAAGUGGGUGCCCUUCGCCUGCUACGACAUGGCCUACGAGCGCAUGUACGGCGACCGACCGGGCGAGGUCGACCGCCUCGCGGCCGCGCUCGGCGUCGGUGGCUUCGGCGGCGCGGCCGCGGUCGUCGACGCCGUCGAGGCCCUCGCGGCGCAGAGCGCCGCGGCGACGGCGCCGGACCCGGCCAACGGCACGGGGCCCCUGGAGCACUGGGACGCGGCGAGCGGCUUCGCCGCGCACCACGUCCACGAGUCGACGUCCGCGCCCGGCGCGUUCGCGCGCGCUAGGACGCUCGUCCACGUCGGGCUCCACCUGCCGGGCUGCAACCUGCCCGAGUCCUUCGAGCAGCUGCGCGUCGGCUUCGGGGACUGGCAGGUGGCCCGGGGCUACGACGGCGCGAGCGCCGGGAACGCGUUCGUCGACUCGCUGCCCGAGCGCGCGGCCCUCGCGGGCGAGGGCGCACCGGCGAGGGUCUUCCCGCGCGUGGCCCACGUCGUCUUCGCCGGCGACGACGCCACGGUCGACGCCACGCUCGACGCCGCGGACGCCGCGCGGGCCGCGGCGCCCUGGCUCGAUGUCGUCGUCGUCGACGCGCGGCGCGACCGCGGCGCCGGCGCGGCCGCGGCCGCGCGGGACAAACGCUUCGACUUUUCCUGCGCCGGGCCGGACCCGGGCGCCGCGGGCCACGUGGCGACCUGCGGCCUCGAGGUCGGCGCGGACUACGUGCUGCUCGCCCGCGCGGCGCCGCGGCCCGGCCUGUACGCGAAGCUGCGCGAAGUCGCGACGGACGAGCGGCGGCCCCUCGCGUCCGCGUUCCUCUUCGCCGGGCCGGCGCCGGCGGCGAAUCCGCGCUUCAUGACGCGGCGCGGCGGCGCCGCCGAGGCGCACGUCGAGGCGCCGCCGCCCGCGGACGCCGUCGCGGUGCCCGCGCGGUGGGCGCGCGGCCUCGCCGCGGGCGCCGCGCGCGUCGACGGCGGCGCCUGGGCCGCGGCCCUGGCGACGGCGAGCGCCCACUUCGGCCGCGCCGUCGUGGUCGACGCGGCGGCGGACCUCGACGCGGCGCCGGCGCCGGCGCCGGCCGCGGCACCGGCCGCGGACCGCGUCGCGGCGGCCGCGGCCGCGCUCGCGUCCGCGUCCGCGCUCGUCGGCCUGCCCGCCUUCGAGCGCUGCUGCUGCGCGUUGGCGAACCCGGACGCCGCCGACGACGGCGCCGCGGACGGCGAACCGCCGGCCGAGUGGCUCUGGGGCGACGGCCCGGGCGACGUCGCGCUCGCGCGGUGCGGCCUCCUGCGCCACCUGCCGCUCUUCCUCCGGCGCGGCGCGGCGCCGCGGGCGACCUUCGCGGCCCCGCAGCAGACGGCGGCGGCCGUCGUCGAGGGCUGGUGCGCCGACGCCGCCCGGGCCGCCGUCUCCGGCGCCGCGCCGCGCAACGGCACGGCGCCGCGGCGCGCGCGGCGCGACGCGCGCCGGGCCCCGACGGCCGCGGACGCCUGCGACGCCGUCGCGCCGCCGGCGACGCGCAGCGUUGGCUGCGCGCGGGCGGCGACGUCCCUCGGCGGGCCGCCGGGCGGCCGCGGCGCCGCGGCCGCGCCCCGGGAGGUGCUCUACGUCCGCGACGCGCCGCUCCGCGACGUCGAGGGCGCGGACGGGCGCGCGCUGCGCCUCGUCGAGUGGCUCUGCGGCGCGGGCCACGAGGUCACGCUCGUGUCGCGGGGCCACGCGAAGGGGUACCGGGAGAGCGGCGCGGCGCCGGCGCCCGCGUCCGGUCGCAUCUUCCUGCCGCGGACCAAGUCGAGCCGGGCGUGCUCCGUCGCCGUCAAGAGCGACGACGAGCUGCUGGGCCGCGUGCUCACGUCGUCGUUCCUCGCGGCGAAGCAGUUCGACCUCGCGCUGCUGGAGGUGAACUUCGACGAGCGGUUCGGCGACGAGCCCGCGGCGCGCGUCGCGCUGCGCCGGUUCCGCGACGCGCGGACGCCGCCGCGGCGCGUCGCCGUCGUGUCCCACGCGCUGCACUACCACGCCCUGGCCGAGCUCGGCCGCGGCGACGACCAGGGCACGCGCCGCGCGGCCGCGGCCUACGGCCACGAGCGGCUCUUGUACGCGAGCGCGCGCGUCGACGCGGUCCUCGCGCCGACGGAGGCGCUCGCCGCGUCCUUCGCGCGGCUCCAGGCGUCGGCGGCGAGGGCCGGCGCGACGCACGCGCCGCCGGCCAUCGCCGUCGCCGCCCACAAGCCCGCCGUCGCGACGGCGGCGCUCGUCGCGGGGCCCGACGCGGGCGCGCACGUCGCGUCCGCGUCGAACCGGUCGACGGCGCUCUACGUCGCCGCCCACUCGCCGGCGACCGCCCGGGACCUCGCCUGGCUCUUGGAGGCCUGGCCCCGCGCGCGGCGCGGCUGCGCGGCGCUGGAAACGGCGACGCUCGUCGUCGCGGGCGCGGACGCGUGGCGCGGCGCCGUCGACGCGCACUGCGCGCGCGAGCGCGCGGCGUCCGCCGCCGACGACGACGACGCGCCGGCGAGCCUCGAGGCCGCGGCGAAGCUCCGGCGGGCCGACGCCGCGGCGCCCAAAGCCGCCGGGGGCUGCUCCGCGGCCUGGGCGCCGCUCGCGGCCGCGGCGGCGCCCGCGGCCGACGCGCCGGCGCCGCCGUCGGCGCUGCUCGACGAGCGCGCGGCGCUCGGGGCGCUCGCGCGGGCCGCGCGCGUCGUCCUGGCGCCCGGGGCGUCGCCCGCGGAGACGGCGUCGACGGCCUGCUUUUUAGCGAUCGAGCACGGGCUGCCCGUCGUCGCGCCUUCCAACGGCACCUGCGGCGGCCUCACGCUCGCCGGCGGCGCCACGGUCGUCGCGACGGGCAACGCCGCGUCGCCCGUCGUGCCCUACGGCGACUUUGGGGCCGCCGUCGCGGACGCGUUCUGCGACGGGAGCGCGUGGGCGACGCGCGCGCACGCGGCGCUCGAGCUCGGCCUGCUGCUGUCGUCGCACGCGGACUGGGCCGACGACCCGCGGCUCCGGGGCCUGCUCACGGGGGACGCGGGCGCGGACUGCGGCCGCGGCGCGCGCGGGACGCGGGGCCGCCGCGACGCCGCGCUCGACGCGUCCCUGCUCGACGCGCUCCGCCUCGCGGUGCGCCUCGACGACGCGGGCGCGCCCUGGGGCGAGGCGUAGGAUCCCCUAGCGCGGCCCUUUAAUGCCC